AUGUCUCAAAAGUAUGUUAUACUAGUAGAACUUGGCUCGCUUAUAGAAAAUCUUCACUAUGGACCUUAUUCACGCUACUGGUGGGAAAUUCUAAGUAUUCCUGACGCAAAUACCCAACUCAGAUUUCCAAUUAGAGCAGGCCAAAAAACUAAUGCUUGUUUGAAUAGACGUGACUUUUAUAUAAUAGUACAGAUUUCCAGUUCUAAUCAAAUGUUACCUGAGUAUUUUUGUCAAAGUGGUGAGUUUUGGGUCAUAGAAACAAGUGCAACUAAGGCAGUUUCUGAAGUUUAUCAAAAUAUUUUUCAAAAAAAAACUCGUUAUUCUGGUUCUAUUAUUAUGGGAUGGGAUAAUAAAAAUAUAAUAGAUGUUCUUUCAUCUAAUAUUGAUUUUUGUCCAUUUUCAUGUAAACUUGGUGAUUAUGAAAUAUUUAUUUAUGGAUUGGAGCAUCAAUUUUCUGAUCGUGAACUGGGUGCAUGGUUAUCUAUGCUUCAUGCUGCAGGAUGCUCUGAUAUUACUCCUUGGUCCCAUGAUAAAUCUGGUAAAUCUGAGUAUCAACUUUGGACUAAAUCACGAAAUCCAAUACAAGAAAAACAGAUAUUUACUACUCUUUACAAGAUGGGAUUUCUUUCCAGCAAUCCUUCAAAUUCUACAGAAACUUUUUGGUCUUGUUUUCGACAAGCAUUGGAUGAUAAUAAAAAAACCAGAGAUGGAAAACGGCGUAUUUUAUCAAUUAUUGCCAAUGAUUUUACCUAUGAAGAAUUAGAAUAUAAUUUAGGGGACCAUAAGCAGGCUCUUUGGGAGAAAUUUUCUGAAGAGUAUCCAAAUGGAAUGCGUCAUACAGCAUUUAUGACACGUUUACAAGGUAGUAGAUUUGUUUAUCAAGAUAAUUUAAGUGGUCUUUGCUCAGAAUGCAAUGAAUGUGGAUAUGAGAGCUUUGCGUCUAUUAAUACCAUAAUUGCUACACAUGUAGAAGAUGAAUCUUUGAAGGCAGCAAUUCAUGAUAUUGCAGGAACAAAAGUUGCCAACUUGCUGCCAAAUCGUAAUCAAGGAAAAGAAAAAAUUGGUACAAUAGCUGGAAUUAAAAGUCUACAUGAAUGGACGUGGCCAGCUCAAGGAGAGGAUACAGGAUUCGUAUGUGCUAGGAUUUUGCCUGGAAUUGGAGAAUGGAAGAAAUGGUCUCCAGCUCAAAUAAAAAAAAUUCGAAAGCAGAGAAAAAAUGAAAAGCCCAAACCAGAAUAUUCUACUCAUACAGAACCAUCUAAAAAAUGGACGUUACCUAUUGUUGUCAGUAAAGAUGAUUCUGUCACCAAUGAUGAAUUAUUGGAAUUGGAUCUUUUGAAUUCAAGUUUGAAUAGUAUGGAUAUUACAAAUGUAAUAGGAAGUUCAAAAAAGCAAAUUCACGAUGUAUUUGUAUCUGGGUGGGCCCUAAAAUCUAACAAGAAUUACAAGCGGGAAUCAUGGAAGCGAAUAUCUAAAAGUGCGAAACAUUUAUUAGAAAAUAUGUUUCAUACCGGAACAGCAAAUCCAAAUAACAAAUUUUCAGCUCAACAAAUGUAUGAGGAACUUGUGCGACGUGUUCAACUUGGAGAAUUAGACGAAAAUGAAGUACCUAAAAUCUCUACUAUUCAGAAUUGGAUUACUGGUUUCUCCCAAAAAUGGAAAGAAAUCAUGGCAAUACGUGAAUUAGAGGCAAGAGAAAAUGAAAUAAUUGUAUAA